AUUAGGUUCCUUAUUAGUGUCGUCUUCCGCCGGAGUUAUACCUCCGCCUCUGUAUCCGUCGAGGAGACUCUGAGGUCUAUCAGUAUCAGUCAUCUUCUUCGACGCCUCUUGAAUCAUUUUAUGCUACUCUUCUCUUCAGCAUUCUCUGGUUUCGAGAAAGAGUUUUAAUUUAUGGAAGAAACGAUUGAGGAAGACGAAAGAAGCGAGAAUGUUGUGUUAAGAGCUUCUUCCUCUAUGCAGUGGAGUCAGUGGCAAUUACUUGAUUCCAUUUUACCAACAGGAGGGUUUGCUCAUUCUUUUGGUCUUGAAGCAGCUGUUCAGACUCGGUUAGUUUCAUCUCCUCAAGAUUUGGAAACUCAUAUCUUACAUGUGUUGGAUAACACUGCCAGCUUAUUGCUUCCUUUUGUCUACUCUGCUCUCAAGUCUCCUGAUUUAGAGACAUGGCACAAACUCGAUCGAAUUCUUAACGCUACUUUGACUAACCAAGUCUCUUCCAAGGCGUCGGUUUCACAAGGGUCAGCGUUGUUUCGUAUAGCUGCUUCGGUUUUCACUGAGAUCCCGAAUCUUAAGAUGAUUCGAGACGCCUCUAUGGGAUCCAAAAGCGGAUAUUUCCACCAUGCCCCGAUAUUCGGUCUUGUAUGUGGCCAACUCGGCAUGGAUCCCCAGACUUCACAGAGAGCUUAUCUGUUUAUCACGCUGAGAGAUGUUGUCUCGGCUGCAACGAGAUUGAACUUAGUUGGACCGAUGGGUGCUUCCGUGAUGCAGCAUCGCAUUGCUAUUGUCGCUGAAACGAUGUUAGAGAAAUGGAUGGAUCGUGAAGCUAGUGAAGCGUGUCAGACAUCUCCUUUGCUGGAUGUUGUGCAAGGUUGCCACGGUUACUUGUUUUCCAGAUUGUUUUGCUCUUGAUAAAGAAGCAUCUGCGGAUUUGGUUUAAAGCUCUCAACUGUCCUCAUGACUGGCCUUUACGGUUCUAAACAUAACUAUGCGAAGAUCACGGUGUGAGCUUGCAUUGUGAAAUAAAUGCCUUUAUUUGGCUUCUUUGUUUUGUUAACUUGCAGCUGUAUUAUGUAGAUAUACUUGUGAGCAAUGCCAAACACAUCAAAAUAAGAGGUACAGUAAAAAUCCUUGGUGCGAUCUUGAACAACUUAUGGUUAAGGUUUUAUGUCA